GAGAAUGCGCCAAGAGACUGCUGCGUCUACCAAUGGGCUGUGGGGGAGAUGCGCCCUGUGCCUCAUGUAAUCAGCAUCCGAGAUCGCGAUGAGACUGCCCCGGAGAGGAUGCGACAUCCCAGCCCAGCACUGCGAACUGGCAGCAGAACUAUGGAGCUGAACAGCGGGCUACUGGAGGAACUCAAUGAGCAGUCUGACAAAGCUUUCUGAAUGUGGAUAUGAUGGAUUUAAGCGCUCCUUGCGUCGCUUGAGAUCAUUGGGUUGGUAUAAUAAGCACAUUUUUGGAGGCCAUGGCGUCUUUCGCUCCAUGGAAGUUGUCCUCACAGAAGCUCGGCUUCUUCUUGGUGACUUUUGGCUUCAUUUGGGGCAUGAUGCUGCUACACUUCACCAUCCAGCAGCGGACUCAGCACGAGAGCAGCUCCAUGCUCCGCGAACAGAUCCUCGAUCUCAGCAAGAGAUACAUCAAAGCCCUGGCAGAGGAAAACAGAAAUGUCGUGGAUGGACCAUAUGUCGGAACAAUGACGGCAUACGACCUGAAGAAGACCCUGGCAGUUCUCCUGGACAAUAUUUUGCUGCGUAUUGGGAAACUGGAGUCAAAAGUGGAUAAUUUGGUAGUUAACGGCACUGGGUCCAACUCCACAAACGGUACAGUGCCCCCCACCCCUACCGGCUUCGUUCCUGGGGAUAAAGUUAACGUAGCUGAUCUUCUUAACGGGGCCCAAGAACAGUGUGAAUUGCCUCCCAUGGAUGGCUACCCUCACUGCGAGGGCAAAGUAAAGUGGAUGAAGGAUAUGUGGCGGUCUGACGUCUGCUACUCGAACUACGGGGUCGAUGGAUCCACCUGCUCCUUUUUUAUUUACCUCAGUGAGGUUGAAAACUGGUGUCCUCGACUGCCGUGGAGAGCUGUAAAUACAAACGAAGAAGCGGACAAAAAGACUAUGGCUGAAAUCCGUACCGAUUUCAACCACCUUUACCAAGUAAUGUUAAGGCAUGAAGAAUUCCGGUGGAUGACCCUGAGAAUAAAGAGGAUGGACGACACUUGGAUCGAAGCAGUCAAGUCGCUAGCGGAAAAGCAAAAUCUUGAAAAGAGGAAACGAAAAAAGAUCCUUGUUCAUCUGGGGCUUUUGACGAAGGAAUCCGGAUUCAAGAUAGCUGAAAAUGCGUUUAGCGGGGGCCCGCUCGGAGAAUUAGUGCAGUGGAGCGACCUCAUCACAUCUCUUUACUUGCUGGGCCACGAUGUAAGGAUUUCGGCUUCAAUAGCCGAGCUCAAAGAAAUAAUGAAGAAGGUGGUGGGUAACAGGUCUGGCUGCCCUACGCAGGGCGACAAGGUGGUGGAGCUGAUCUACAUCGAUAUAGUGGGACUUGCUCAGUUCAAAAAGACCCUGGGACCGUCGUGGGUUCACUACCAGUGCAUGUUGCGAGUUUUGGACUCAUUUGGUACGGAGCCGGAGUUCAAUCACGCCCAUUACGCGCAAUCUAAAGGCCACAAGACCCCGUGGGGGAAAUGGAAUCUCAACCCUCAGCAGUUCUACACCAUGUUCCCUCACACUCCGGAUAACAGUUUUCUGGGGUUUGUGGUGGAGCAACAUCUGAACGUGAGUGACAUCAGACACAUGAAUGACAUCAAAAGACAGAACCAAUCGCUCGUUUACGGGAAAGUAGACAAUUUCUGGAAGGACAAGAAUAAGUACUUGGAUAUCCUCCACAACUACAUGGAAGUUCACGGCACUGUGCACGAGAAGGGGACCGUUUACAUGCCCAAUUACGUUAAGAACCACGGGAUCCUCAGCGGCCGCGACCUGCAGUUCCUCCUCCGAGAAACAAAACUGUUUGUAGGUCUGGGCUUCCCGUACGAGGGACCGGCACCCCUGGAAGCCAUUGCGAAUGGCUGUGCCUUCCUGAACCCCAAGUUUAGCCCCCCAAAAAGCAGCAGGAACACAGAUUUCUUUAAAGGCAAACCAACUCUGAGAGAGCUGACGUCGCAGCACCCCUACGCCGAGGUGUACAUCGGAAAACCGUACGUGUGGACCGUGAAUAUUAAUAAUCCCGAGGAGGUUGAGAAAGCCGUCAAAGCCAUUCUGAGUCAAAAGAACGAGCCGUACCUGCCCUACGAAUUCACCUGCGAGGGAAUGCUUCAGCGGGUCAACGCGUUCAUCGAAAAACAGGACUUCUGUCACGGGCAGGUUAUGUGGCCCCCAUUAAGCGCGUUACAAGUGAAGCUCGCCGAACCUGGAAAAUCCUGCAAACAAGUUUGUCAAGAAAAUCAGCUGAUCUGCGAACCUUCAUAUUUUCAGCAUCUCAACAAAGACAAAGACUUGGCUAAAUAUGGAAUCCAGUGCUUGUCAUCGGAUACCACCAAUGAUAUUCUGGUCCCUUCGAUUGAAGAAAAAAGAAAACAUUGCGUCCUUCAAGGCGAUCUCCUGCUCUUCAGCUGCGCGGGACACCAUUUAACGCAUAAAAGGAUUUGUCCUUGCAGAGACUAUAUGAAGGGGCAAGUAGCGAUCUGUAAGGACUGUCUAUAGCAUACAGUAACCAUUGGACGCGUGAGACCAGCGGGCGAGUUAAAGGUCCUGCACCCGCACUUUGAGUCCAUUGGAUGCAACUUGACGUGGCCACCAAAGGUCCAUGUACAUCUUCAACAAGUGUGUGGGCGAUAUGCACCCGAGGAUGCUCUGGAACCCUCCUCGAGCUGUGAAAUCAAUGCGAAUUCUCCUUUCACCAUUCGUUUGUUACAAGUAUCAAGCGCUCUCUGACACCCUUAUUUUAUUAAGGAGUUUGGAUUGUGGAAAAAUCUAAGAUAGAUAGAAUUUCACAGCAUGAGCCUCAAUGGACAUUAAAAAAACAAAAAAAAGCAUGACUACUCGGAAAUAUCUCCUUACAGGAUAAUCUACUGAAGACUUGCAAAGAAAAAAAUGGUUUUGGGGGUUAUUUACGCUUCGUAUUUGAGGUAUAAGCAGCGUAUCCGCCCCUUUAAAAAAAAAAAAAAAAGGCUACGAAACAAGGUGGCCGCCGCGUAUGCAUCGAAACGGUUUACACAGAUAUUAGGGAAAUAUUCUAAUAUUUUUCUCGUGAAGACUGGCUGUUAUGAUUAUAAUUUCCUAACUUCUUAGUAGAAAAAAAAAUGGUCAAACAAGCCACAAGAAAAAGAGAGAGAAAAAAAAUGAAAAGAAA